CACCACCCGGGCCGCUGAAGCCGGCGAUGCCCCUGGCCCCCGGCGGCGCCGCCCGGGCUCCUCCGUGAGGGAUGGCGCGGCCGCCCCGGCGCCCGUUCCGGCGGCUCCCGGCUCCCGUCCUGCCGCUGCUGCUGGCCGCCCUCGCCCGGCUACCGGCCACCGCGGCCUCCUGGCCACCGGCGGCGGCGGCGGCGGCGGCCCCGCCCCCGCGGCGGCGGCGGCGCCCACGCCCUGCCCGGCCGCCUGUACCUGCAGCAACCAGGCCAGCCGGGUGAUCUGCACCAGGAGGGAGCUGCUGGAGGUGCCGCAGAGCAUCUCGGUCAACACGCGCUACCUGAACCUGCAGGAGAACCACAUCCAGGUGAUCCGCACCGACACCUUCAAGCACCUUCGGCACCUGGAGAUCCUCCAGCUCAGCAGGAAUCUGGUGCGGAAGGUGGAGGUGGGCGCCUUCAACGGCUUGCCCAACCUCAACACGCUGGAGCUGUUCGACAACCGGCUGACCACGGUGCCCACGCAGGCCUUCGAGUACCUGUCCAAGCUGAGGGAGCUGUGGUUGAGGAACAACCCCAUCGAGAGCAUCCCCAGCUACGCCUUCAACCGCGUGCCCUCGCUGCGGCGCCUGGACCUGGGCGAGCUGAAGCGCCUGGAGUACAUCUCGGAGGCGGCUUUCGAGGGCUUGGUCAACCUGCGCUACCUCAACCUGGGCAUGUGCAACCUGAAGGAGAUCCCCAACCUGACGGCGCUGGUGAGGCUGGAGGAGCUGGAGCUCUCCGGGAACCGCCUGGGCCGGGUGCGGCCGGGCUCCUUCCAAGGCCUGGGGAGCCUGAGGAAGCUGUGGCUGAUGCACGCGCGGGUGGCGGCGGUGGAGCGCAACGCCUUCGACGACCUGAAGGCGCUGGAGGAGCUGAACCUGGCACACAACGACCUGGCCUCGCUGCCCCACGACCUCUUCGCGCCGCUGCACCGGCUGGAGCGCGUCCACCUGCACCACAACCCCUGGCGCUGCGACUGCGACGUGCUGUGGCUCAGCUGGUGGCUGCGGGAGACGGUGCCCAGCAACACCAGCUGCUGCGCCCGCUGCCACGCGCCGCCGGCGCUGCGCGGCCGCUACCUGGGCGAGCUGGAGCCGGGCCACUUCACCUGCUACGCGCCGGUCAUCGUGGAGCCGCCGGCCGACCUCAACGUCACCGAGGGCAUGGCGGCCGAGCUGAAGUGCCGGACGGGCACGGCCAUGACGUCGGUGAAUUGGUUGACGCCCAACGGGACGCUGAUGACGCACGGCUCGUACCGGGUGAGGAUCUCGGUGCUGCACGACGGCACGCUCAACUUCACCAACGUCACCGUGCAGGACACCGGGCAGUACACCUGCAUGGUCACCAACGCCGCCGGCAACACCACGGCCACCGCCACGCUCAACGUCUCGGCCGCCGACGCCGCCGCCGCCGCCGCCGCCGCCGCCGCCGCCACCGGUUACACCUAUUUCACCACGGUCACCGUGGAGACCACCGAGGGCGCCGGCGGCGACGACCAAGCCCCUCAAACCCCCGCGGCGCCCACCGCCGCCGGUUGGGAACCGGCCGGCGCCUCCACGGCCGCCCCGGCCACCCGCGCCACCGGCAAACCUUUCACCGUGCCCAUCACGGCGGCGGCCGGCGCGGCGGCGGCCGGAGGGGGUCUCCAGGAUCUGGACGACGUCUUGAAGACCACCAAGAUCAUCAUCGGCUGCUUCGUGGCCAUCACCUUCAUGGCCGCCGUCAUGCUGGUGGCCUUCUACAAGCUCCGCAAGCAGCACCAGCGGCACAAGCACCGCGGCGGCCCCGCCCGCGCCGUGGAGAUCGUCAACGUGGAGGACGAGCUGGCCGGCGGCCCCGCGGGCGGCGGCGGCGGCGCCGGAGGAGGAAGCGGGGCGGGCGGGGACAACCGGCUGGCGCUGCCGGCUCUGGAGAGGGAGCACCUGGACAGGUACGCGGCGUUGGCCGCGCACUACGGCGGGCCGGCGGCGGCGCUGGGCUGCGGGAAGACGCCGCUGCUCAACUCGGUGCACGAGCCGCUGCUGUUCAAGAGCCCGUCCAAGGAGAACGUGCAGGAGACGCAGAUUUAG